ACCUUCGAAGAGGCGGGUAUCCUGCUGCUGGUGUUGGGCCACGGCCCUGCCUCUGAUCCAGGCCCAGCCUGCUUGCUGCCUCAGCACCACCUGCCGCCGGCCCCGGAGCACGCCGAGUGGUGGCGACGGGUGCAGCAGGACCUGGCUUGCUUCCUGCAGCUCUGCUGCUACCUGUGCUGCGUCCCCAACAUUUGGGCGCUGCAUGAGUGGGGCAACUGGCUGACUCCGGUGCCCAGGGCUGGCCGGGGUGACUGGCGCUAUGACACCGCCUUCUACCUGUGCUGCCUUGAGAAGCGGCCUCUACACGCGUCGCAGGAUGAUCGGGAGGUGACAGGGUUCCCGUGGUCAACCCCUCCAGAAGCUAUUGAACUCUUUAAGUCUCAAGAAAUAUGGUUUGCUCCACCUCAGUUCUAUGAAUUAUGUAGGCUGUGCAACUUUUCUUCACUUUGUGACCUGCAUAGGUUUGGUUCUGACUGUGCUUUAGAAGAGUGUGAACGUUGGAUGCCUGUUACUUUGGCUGCUUCGGAUGGCUACAUUCAGCUGCUCCCAGGAGAUGAGCUGUAUCCGAAAGAUCCAGAUUAUACAGGGGGAAAGAAACUUUUUUUGUCAACAGAUAAGAAGUUGAAGAGCUAA